AUGCCACCACAAUCUCCGCCUCCGCCUUAUGGAUCUCGUUCUCAGACUACCCCGCCUCCUAGGCAACCUGGCAAUUACAUGACGAUUAUUCGAGAUUCGGGCCCUAUCAAACAAGAGUUUCUCAUUAACCCUACACUUUCUGUUCCGUCGGAGCUUUUACCUCCCCUGACUGCUCAUGAAACAGAGAAUAGUAGGAACAAUCUUAAUAUCGAAGCCAAGUGGGGAGAAAUCGACGUAAACAUUGAAGUCAUGAAGUCAGACUGGCUGACCCGUUGCCGAAUUGACGUACGUGCUUGCGGUGAUAUCGUGAUUCGAUUACGUUUGCCUGGCAACGUCUCUCCUGACGAUCCGAUCCGUCCAGGACCGUUGUGCAUCAUGGACGUCUAUGCGAGUUCGGGGAACAUUUACUUGUUGAUUCCGCGGAAGCGCAUGGAAGGACCGUUGAAUAUUACCAGUCGCCGCGACGUAUCGUUCUCCUCUGCACUGACGAAGGACUUGACCACCUUCAACGAGAGGGGCAAGCGCAGGGAGUGUUUUAUCGGUAACUUUGCCGCAUGGUCGGAAGGGAUGGGAGAUGUGAUCAAUUUAGAAGCUAAAGCGGGAGGAGUGUUGGUGCAAUAUAAUGACGAGCCGGUUGUGAAGCCUGAAAGCGGGGGCUGUAUCAUUGCUUGA